AUGGAUCAUCAUCAUGAUCAUUCCAAUUUUGGCAACAACUAUCUACAGUCUUACCUUGGCCAAUCAACGCUUUAUUGGCCUGGCGAUAUGAAUUUAAGCUACCAUCCAUCAUCUUCUCACGGUUACUACCCUUCAGGCCCGCGGACGAUGAAAUUUUACCAGCAUCAGUAUCCGUAUCCAGGUGGAUAUGGUAUAAUAUGGAUAAUACUAUUGCUUCGUACAGAUGUUAUAUGA